GUUUAUACAAGAAACCUUUUCUGUCAGCCCUAAUGGGUCCUGUGGUGAUGUCAGGAGAGAACAUGACCUUGUCCUGUGUCUCUGAUCUUCAGUUUGACAUGUUCCAUCUGUCCAGGGAAGGGGUACCCAAUGAACAAGGGCUGCCUUCAGUGAAGAGCCACAAUGGAACAUUCCAAGUCAACUUCCAUCUUGGUCCUGUGGUCCAGGCAGGGUACUAUAGAUGCUAUGGCUCAUUCAGGAACUCUUCCUAUUUGUGGUCAACCCCAAGUGACCCCUUGUACCUUCCUGUCACAGUUAACUCAACAAGAAAUUUCACCUCAAGCACAGAAGCAGACUCCACAACUAAUACCCACAGGAACCUGCAUAUGCUGAUUGGACUGUCAGUGACCAUGAUUCUUGUCUUCCUCAUCAUCAUCCUUUUUUCUUUUUGCUCUGCCAAAAAGAGUAAGUCUCAGGAACAAGCCAGUGAAAGUCAUCUGAAUAGUGUGAGAAAACAAGAGCAUAGAAAUAGAGGUGUGUAUUCUUAAUUUAUAUAAAAAUACUUUGACCAAGACAGGGAAACUAUGGCAGAGCUUUCUAGAGAAAACCCACAGCCCUUGCUCUUCCCCACAGUUUUCAGACAAUGAAUAAUUCCUCAAUGCAUCUUC